CUCUCGGGAGGCUGGACUAGCGACAAGUUGUGGUGAACCAGGGUAAAAUUGGUGUGCCUCGUUCUUUUCUCUUUACUUCUCGCUUAUUCAUUUUUAUUCCUGCGAUUUCUUGAUCAAACUCUAUUCACCCCCCUCUAGAGUUGGUCUAUUAUUCUAACAAUUGGUAUCGAAGCCUAACUCGCGUCCAAACUUAACCGUUUGAGAGUAAAGCGAUCAUGGGCUCUUCUUCUAGAAAUCUCUAUGCAGGAAUUGGAGAAGGUCAAUCAACCUCUAGGCCACCACUCUUUGAUGGCACCAACUACUCUUAUUGGAAGGAACGGAUGAGAAUCUAUAUUUGUUCCACCAACUUCCAAUUGUGGUUGGUGAUCAAAAAUGGCGAAGAAAUCCCUAUGAAGAAAGUGGGAGAAACCACGGUCCCAAAGACCGAAAACGAAUUUGGUGCCGAGGACAUCAAGAAGAUCGAAAACUAUGCAAAGGCCAUCAAUAUGCUAUAUUGCGCGGUCAACCCCGAUGACUACCGAAAGAUCUCCUGUUGCACAACCGCCAAGGAGAUGUGGUACAAGCUUGAAGUGACGUACGAAGGUACCGAUCAAGUUCGCGAAGCCAAGAUCGACUUCCUCACCCAAGAGUACGAAAUGUUCCGGAUGAAAGAAGGUGAGAAAAUUGAUGACAUGUUCGACCGGUUCUCAAAGAUCAUCAACGAUCUUCAUGCCCUAAAAAAGACCUACACCAACAAGGAUCUUGUGAGGAAAAUCCUGCGGAGUCUCACACCUGAAUGGAGGUCAAAAGCCGAUGCAAUCUACGAAUCCAUCGGAGUCUCCAACGUCACCAUCGACGGGCUAAGAGAUAAUGCUCGCUUGGCGAGAAAGGCUAUUUGUGAUGAUCUUGCAGAUUCAUUAGAGAGAGUACACCUUGAAGACGAUGAAGAAGACACACCAUUAUACACCAACCCGCAACCACAACCUGAGGAAACACCUCAAGUGAUGGUCGAAAGUGAAGACCAAGCAGACGAAGAAGAACAAGAGGAAGCCCAGGAACAAGAGGAAACCGAGCUUCCCAUCGCUUGGAGAACACACAGGAACCAUCCACUUGACCAGGUAAUCGGCAGCAUCAACCGCGGG